CUGCAUCCCUCUGAUUAACACUACAGAGUGAUGCGAGGGGGUGGUCAUGGUCGUGGAAGGCAUUGUAUGAGAAAUUAGGGGGAAACUGCAUUCCCAUCAGCAAACUUGAGUCAUUUAUUUGAUUGCUUUGCACUAGUUGGACUCGUAUUACACCAAGCUGCGACACGUGAAACUUGUGCUGCUGUGUGAAUGCACGCGCUGCGGCUGCGGUAUCUUCACCCACCCGCGCGCACAUACAGCUCAUCUCAUCCACACACACACACACGCACACACACACACACACGCACACACACACACACACACAGAGCCUGCUGCACCAGCCUGCCAUCACCAGCAUGUAGCCGAGGAUCUUUAUUACAUUAUCCACGCAGCAAGUACCGCACACAAAGAGAAGGCAUUCUGUGGCGUGCACGCGGGGUUGUAGCAGAUUGGUCUUGCAAUUCUCCAGCUGGAUCAGAAACACACAAGGGAGGUUUGACGUUGAUGUGAGCGGUUGAUAAAUGAAGACUUUGGCUUGUCUUGUACUACACUGAUCAACAUUGCUUAAUCCAUGAUGGAGGAGAGCUCUGAUUGCUCUCCUGAAUCGUUGGCUAACGAUGAUCGUUAUGUGAUGGCCAAACACGCAGCCGUGUACCCAUCAGCUGAAGAGCUGGAGGCUGUCCAGUCUUUGGUGUCAGCGGUGGAGGGAGGAUUAAAGUACGUCUCUGAUUGGCUAGUCGAUUCCACCAAGGCCAGUGCUCUUAUAUCUACUGAACCUGCAGAACCCAACCCAAAGUGUGGAGGGCCACUGGUUGGCGUCAUGCGUGUUGGAUCUGUGGCUAAAGGCCUCCUCAUCAAGGGUCUGAUGGACUUAGAGCUGGUUUUGCUGUGCCGAGAAAAGCCUACUAAAAAUCUGCUUCUCACAAUCUGUACCAACCUGCCACUGCAGAUGAAGAAACUGUCAGAGGAUAAGCACACAGUGCAGCCCUGCAUUCCAGAGGCAGCUAUUCUAGUGUUCAAAAGCAGCAGACCUGAUCUGCCUCUGAGGGUCAUCCUUACUUCAAUGCAGAUGAAAAGCCAGGAACUGGAGAAAAACCAAGUGGAAAACACAAAAGUGAAAGAUCCGUCUGAUCUGCUGGACCAGCAGAGAUGCCUGCUUGCUCUGGCCUCUCUGCGCCAUGCCAAAUGGUUCCAGGUCAGAGUGAGUGGGAAGAGAUCCUGUCUCAUAGUUCUGCGGAUCCUCAGGGAUAUAUGCAACACAAGGCCAGUCUGGGCACCUCUUAAAGGAUGGCCAGUUGAGCUGAUCUGUGAAAAAGCCUUUGCCACAAGUUACAGGCCACUGGGACCGAGUGAAACACUGAGACGGGUCUUGGAAUGUAUUUCCUCAGGCAUCUUCCUGCCAGGUGGACCUGGACUGCAUGAUCCGUGUGAAAAAGAAGAGGUAGACACUUUGUCAGCUAUGACGAAUGAUCAGGCUGAACUUCUUACCUACACUGCACAGCAUGCGCUAAGGCUUCUAGCUUUCGGACAGAUUCACAGGUUCCUAGAGGUGGAGCCUCUUCCUACAGCUAAACCUGCAGUGGAAUCCCAAUUAGCAGAUGGAGAAGCAGGGACGUCUCAGAAAAGAGUCCACGAAGAUGAAAGUGCGGAUGAACCUAAAAGCAAAAAGAUCCUCUCAGGUACCGGUGCAGGCUUAUUAACAUCUGAUGGCAAAUCAGAUUGUAAGGGAAAAGUGGAAACUCUGUCCAAAAGCUCUGGCAACAAAUCCAUACAUGGCUCUUCAUCAACCAAGGUUAAGGUUCAGGGGCCUGUUCUCACAGCCAGGGGCAAAAACCCAGUAAUGGAGCUAAAUGAGAAAAGGAGAGGCCUAUCGUAUAACCUCAUCACUGAAAAUGGAGAGAACCAACAACAACGCUUCAUCAUCGAGGUGGAAGUGGAUGGACUGAGGUUCAGAGGAUGUGGGCCUAAUAAAAGGGUAGCGAAAGCAAACGCAGCCUUGGCAGCAAUAGAAAGGCUCUUUUCAGCACACAGUGCAAACAGCAAUAAGAGGAAGAAGCCAUAUAUAAAAGUGAGUUCAUCUGCUGUAAAUGGGCUUUCCAGAGCGAAGAGGAGUGUUACAAUGCCCAGGCCACUACUUCCUAUUUUUCCUCCAGCUCCUGCGUACUUUACACCAGGCUUUACCCCAUAUGGUUAUGGUCCAGUGGUGCCUCCACCACACGUCUGUUGGUGCUCUCUGUGGUGAUGCCGCUGCCCCAGCGCACAGCAGCAUAGAUGAUAGCACUUGCCACGACAGACUCGUAGGUGUUGGUAGCAGCUGACCCCGCACUCCAAAGGACCUCCUCAGAAAGUAGAGCUGCAUUUGUCCCUUUUUGUACAAGCUGUCCAUGUUCAUGUCUCACCCCAGCUUUUCACUCAGAUGAACACCCAGGUAUUUCUAGGUCUGUACCACCUCGAUAUUCUUACUUUCAAUGUGACCAGAGCUGGAGCAGAUUUCUUCUUAUGGAAUUCCACCACAAUCUCUUUUGUCUUGCUGGUGUAACCUUGUAGUACCCUGCACUUGAUUUUUUUUAAUUACUUGUGAUUUGUCAUAAUUGAACCCUCUGUGUACAGUGAAGGCUACGAGUAAAAUGUUCAGUUCAAAUAUAAAUUUGCGUUGAGCUAGGAUAUGACGAGAUGAUCUAAAGUUAUCAUAAAUGUAUGUAUUGAAGGAUAAGAAAAAAAAACAUGAUCCAGGAGGUUUAGGAUUUCUCUCCUGAAAUAUUAAACAGUAGUUUCCUCUGAUCAGUAAUUAUUAAGUCUCACUCAUCCCUAUUUUCUGUCGUUUAUCACUUUUUCAUUGUGAUGAUCUAUUUCUCCUUUUUUUUUUGUAGGCGGUAGAAUUGUACCCUGCAUGUUCCCUGCUCGACCCCCGCUCCCUCCACGUCAUGUCUUUCCUCCUCCCUUCCGCUGCUUUCGUCCCUAUUUCUAGGUCUGAUAUUUAAAAAAAAGUGUAAUUGUGAGGAUUUAAACUUUCCCUUUUCUUUUCGUUAUUGUUUAUUCCUUGUAUUUCUGUGGAGAAAUUGCACCAUUACAAAAACUGAUAAAAUUAAUAAAGUGUAUUUUCUAAUUUGGUGUCCUGUUUCAUUUGAAGCAAUGUGACAUAUAUAAGCAGAUCCUUUCUUUCUCCACUCUUUGGCCUUUCCAUUACUUUGGUAGAGGUUAAUCUUGGUUUCAGAUCUUUUGUGGCUCAUCUCUGUAUUUCUCUGCAAAUUCCAAUGUGGCUUUACUGCUGAUGAGUGGUUUGCAUCUUGUGGUAUGGCCUCUAUAUUUCUGCUCUCAGCGGUGGAUUGUGAUAGCUUCACUCCUGCUCUGUGGAGGUUGUUGGUGAUGUUGUUUAUGGGUUUUUGUUCACAGCUCUCACAAUGUUUGUCAACUGCUGGUGUUUUCCUUGGCCGACCUGUUCGAUGUCUGGUUGUUAGUACACAAGUGGUCUCUUUCUUUUUCAGGACAUUUGAAAUUAUUGUAUUGGCUAUGCCCAAUGCUUGUGUAAUGGCUCUGAUCAAGUUUCCCUCUUUUCUCAGCAUCAAAAUGGUUUGCUUUUCUCCCUUAGACAGCUCUCUGGUCUUCUUGUUGGUUUAUCUGCAUUUGUUGUUAAAAAAAGUCUUCUCAGGUGAAACCCAGAGCUCAAACCAAGAGGAGACAUUCAGACAUUUUUAAACAAUUACUCUAACAGGGCACACACCUGGGCAACAAAAAACACCUCUCAGACACAAUUUCCAAUAUUUUGAUCACUUGAAAAAUGGGUGGGUUCAAACAAAAGGUGUCAUUUUCUAAGUCGUUUAACACAUCUUGAUGUAAAUAUCAGGAAAUGAAAGCUGAAAUUCUGAUCUAUCAUGUAAUAUUCAUCUUUUGACCUCAAACCCAAAUGUCUUCAGCAUGUAACAAAAACAAAAGAAUUGGUCUUGCCAUUCCAAUACUAUAAGAGGGGAAUAAUAUAUAUAUAUUAAUGUGUAUGAACAAAUCACAUACGUAGCUGUUAGCUAGCUCUCUCUCUCUCUCUC